GGGUCUGCUAGGCUUACCCGAGGCAAGCUGGGACAGAAUCUGCAAUCUGGAAGGAGGCGGUGUCCUCAAGGCAAGGAGGGCGGGAGCGCGGUGGACAGAAGCUUUCGCACGCGGAGGGCUUCGGCCCACUCCGGCAGCAAAGACGCCCGCGGGAGGCGUGAAUACCAUGGGCUCUUGCUCGGGCCGCUGCACGCUUCUUGCGCUCUGUACUCUGCAGCUGGUCACUGCUCUGGAACGGCAGGUGUUUGACUUCCUGGGCUACCAGUGGGCACCCAUCCUGGCCAACUUUAUCCACAUCAUCGCGGUCAUCUUGGGGCUCUUCGGCACCCUCCAGUAUCGGCCACGCUACAUUGUGGUGUACGCUGUGUGGGCAGCUGUCUGGGUUACCUGGAAUGUCUUCAUUAUCUGCUUCUACCUGGAAGUGGGGGGGCCUCUCCAAGGACAGUGAGCUCUUGACCUUCAAUCUCUCCCGGCAUCGCUCCUGGUGGGAAGAGCAUGGGCCAGGCUGUCUUCAUAAAGAGGCAGCCACAGUUGGCCUGGGGGCAAUGCAUGGCCAGUCCUUGGUGGUAGAUGCUGGCUGUACCAUGGCUUACAGCUAUAUGGAAGCCCUGCACAGUGGUCUGCAGAUCCUGCUGGCGGGGAGGAAAUUCAAGGCUCAGGAGAUGCAGGGUUUCCAUCAGGUGCACACGGGUCAUCCACACCAUCCCCAUGCCGCUGCUGCAGUGAGGUGGCUUGAUAUGUCUGGCCUCUUGGUUGGUGUCUUUCAGCUCCUGGGUUUCGUCUAUGGCUGCUAUGUGGUCAGCGUGCUCACAGAAGAAGAGGACAGCUUUGAUUUCAUUGGUGGAUUUGACCCAUUCCCCCUGUACCAUGUCAAUGAAAAGCCGUCCAGCCUCUUGUCCAAGCAGGCAUAUUUGCCUGCGUAAGUGAGGGGAAGGCUGACCCUGCUCCUGAAACCCAGCUUCAGCCACCAGAACAAUGAAGAGACUCCAGGCCUGGAGUCACAGAACUGCUUCCCAGGCUGCCUAGCAUUUUUCCCCCAAAUUCCCCUUGUGAGGGGUGGGGGAUACUGCAGGCCGGGGUGGCUGCUACUGUAAGUUUGUAAUUUCUUUCUUUUUUCUUUUUUUUCUAAAAAAAACUAAGAAUAGACAUGAGAGAAUACGGAAACAAA